AUGUGGCUAUUGUAUGCACACUAUGAUGGUGAGCAUGCGCCAAUGUCUGCACGUGUAUUGCAUAGUGGGAAGUCGCUAAAGGUUGGGCGAAAAGCGGACUUGGUGGACUUGCUUAUACCUGUUGGACGUAUCAGUCGUUGGUCAGGUACCUUGCAAAUUGAAGCAGUGCCACUCUCCUAUGUGAGCCAAGGGGGCGCAAGAGCACGCGUAACGUGGACUAUGCGUACGGGAAGCAAAUCAGGCUCUUUUAUCGAGUCGUUUCGCGGUCGAAAUCGAAUUGAGCAGCGAAUUCAGGCGGAAACGCCAGUGGAAUUGACUGAUCAGAGUCGGAUCUGCCUCGUAUCGGGAGUCUAUGCUGAGCUCCGUUGGCUAUCUUUUUCCUUAAGCGUGUAUCGUGUACCAUCGCUUGAUUCUGAGGAUGUGCGCCGUACGGCGGCUCUCCUCGGCAUUCAUGUGACAUCCGUUCAAAAGCAGCUCAGUGCAGCUUCGACUCACCUCGUCGUAUCUUGCAUUCGACCAAGCAAAGAGCAGCUCCUGGCACUUGUAUAUGGAAUACCCGUUGUGUCGGAAGCGUACGUCCAAGCACUCUUUGGUGCAGGAAUGGCCCCAGCGUGGCACGAGCCAGAUGCCUCUGGGUUUGUACCUCCGUCUGACCCAAACCUAGCUCGUGAUGCGCAGAUCCCUCGCGAGCAGCUCACGCCACGACCCGAGCGACGACAUAUUUAUGCGGAUGCCAUUGUGUGCAUGUGGAUUCCAAAGCCGAGCCGACGGUUUCUGGACUUGGCUGAGCUCGCAGAGGCAGCGGGUGCAUUUGUUCAUGUGCAUGAUCUAUCGAAGGAACACGUGUCUGACGCGUUGACGGCGCGACAAGUUCUCGCAAAAUGUAAAGAACAGGAAGUUGUAUGUGAUGCAAAACGCCGGAUGUAUGUGAUCACGGAAGACGCGCCUGUCGUGGACCAAGCAUGCCAGACAUUGAAACUUCCCUUGCUGCCGGACGGGAUGUGGGCCAUACCACGAGGAAUUUUGGAUGUACAAAAAUGGGCGACGAUGGUCCGGCCUUAUGAGCCUGAUUCCGCGCAGCAAGAGAGUGACGCAACGUGCGACGUUACGAGUUGGAUGGAUGACUUGAGUGGCGUGCCAGAUGUCAAUGUGACAACCAGUGAAGAUAUGCAGCCAGUCCAAGCGAGCCACACAUCAUCACCAUUGGUCCCUUCGACAAAUGCAGCGUCCACACUUGAACCAGCUUCUUCGUCAAGGUCAUCUGACUCCAAUCCACAGCAGCGUGUGUCAACUUCUCGCGCUACGCGGCUAUCGGCCGACGACGCGCUCGCACCGCUGGCAAGUCAGCAUACCAACCGGCCAGGUACGCUUCCGCGCCGUGCACCGAGGCGUUCGUACCUGCUGGAUGAGCUGCUAGGUGUGCCACGCGAUGAACAACAGUCUGCAAGGCCAGCAGGACCAGCUUCUGUGGCCUCGUCCUCCCCGUCUCAGUCGGAUGGUGAGCGGCGCAGUGCAAAGUUUCGCCAGAUGCUUGACUCGUCGCAAUCAGUGUUCGACAAGCCAGUGGGAACAGGGCUCAUGAGCAACGAAUCGAACUUGGACAGAGGCGAUGAAGCAGCACACGAAGCUCGGUCGCAUGCACCAAACGAGACGGAAGCAGCGACUGUUCCCGACUCGGACUCGGAAGGCGGUCUGCCCGUCCCAGAACCCCAUGCUGAAUGGGAACAAGCACUCGUAUCUGCUCCAGCAUCUGACUCUGCCUCUCGCUCUUCGUGCACUACGGCUUCUGCACCACCGCCAUCGUCUUGGAACCACAUUGAGCGCCCAUCAUUCAUGCAGGUCCGUAUUGAACCCAUGGCCCGUCCUAGCCAUUCGCAUCGACGCAAUUUCAAGAAAUUCCGCCGCACAAAUACAUGUGCACCACAUCGUGUGCCUGUUGUUCUUAACUUGCUAGAUGCAGAAAGAGCAGCUUCAAGUGAUGCGGUUCUGUUUCUUGGCGACGAUUCCUUGUGA